CCUGAUAAAUACUUGUGUUUUUGUAAUGUGUGAUGUGCAGGAGGUGCAGGAGGAGCUGCGCAGGAGGAGGGAGGAGAGGAGCAGCCUGCAGGAGCAGUGUAAACGCCUGGAGGCCCGACGGAGGCACGCUGACCGGAGUCUGUCAGCGAUGGAGGUGGAGCUUGCUAAACAGAGGGAGGAGCACAGCCACGCCCAGCUUCUCAAACAGGAAGUGGUCAGAGAUACAGCAGCCACUCAGGAGCAGCUUAACGAGAACUCUGAGCUGCUGUCUCUGCUCAGUGAACGGGUGGAGGAGACGAAGAAACACCUGCAGACUCUGCAACAGGAGCUGAGCGUGUCCAUCCAGCAGCAGCAGCAGCAGCAGCGAGCAGAACACCUGCAGGAGCUGGACAGACAGGCGGCCCGUGCUGGAUUGGACGAUGUUAACGCUGCAGUGUGUCAGUUGGAGGACAGGGGGCGCCGUCUGACCGAGCAGCAGCUGCAGCUCAACCAGCGCCAGGAGGAGCUGUGGGAGAGAGAGAAACGGCUGCUCCACAAGGAGGAGGGGCUAAAACAGCAAGAGGAGGGGCUAAAACAGCAAGAGGAGGAGCUAAAACAGCAAGAGCAAGAGGAGGGGCUAAAACAACAGGAGGAGGAGCUAAAACAGCAAGAGGAGGGGCUAAAACAACAGGAGGAGGAGCUAAAACAGCAAGAGGAGGGGCUAAAACAACAGGAGGAGAGAGCUAAAACAGCAGGAGGAGGAGCUAAAACAACAGGAGGAUUGGUUCGUUCCGACAGACGAGGGGCUACAAAACAAACGUGAGGAGCUUCGUGUGAAACAGGACGAACCACACAUGAGAGAAGAGGAGGGGGAGGAGGAGGAGGAGGAGGAGGCCUUCUACCUGUCUACAGCUGGUCUGAGAUCAGCCUUCAGUACUGAGGAGGAGAGGUGGAAGGUGGAGCUGCAGAGGGAAAAACUGAGACAACAAGAGGACCGACUGAAGGUAAACAAUAUUUUAUUAUUAACAUACACUCACCAGCCACUUUAUAAAGGUACACCUGUUCAACUGCUCUUUAAGAAACUUGCAUUAUCAGCCAAUCACGUGGCAGCAACUCAACGGGCCCCUUCGUACCAACUGAGCAUCGUUUAAACGCCGCAGCCUGCUGCCGCUGACCACGUCCAUCCCUUAGUGACCGCAGUGCACCCAGCUUCUGACGGCUACCUCCAGCAGGACAACACGCCGGGCCACAAAGCUCAGUUAAGGCAGCUGUGGAGGCAAACGGAGGUCCAACGCGGUACUAGCAAGGUGUACCUAAUAAAGUGGCCUGUGAGUGUAGAAAAACACAAAGAGCUGCAGCUAAUGAGAAGUCAGAAGAGUCUUGAGUGAAUGUUCAGACUGUUUACUGUAAAUUCUCAAAUAUACCUGACGUGCAGAAAGAUCCAGGCCGUUUCGCUAACCUCUGUUUUAUAUUUGCCGUUGAUUCAAACUCAACACGUCCUCCAUGUUUACCUGGUUGUGUCUUGAUAAAUUUAGUAUAAUGUUCAUUUCCACAACAUUAAUUCAUCAGUACAACAGCAGCCAUGUUGUACUCACCACUCUGCUGAGAACACUUUCUCUGGUUAACUACAAUAUUGAUUUCAUUCAAUAAUAAGUCCAAAAACUUCUACUUUCCUGUUUUUUCAAUCGCUGUCAAUGAAAAUCAACACUUUCGCACAGAUGUUGGACAUUAUCCCUCCUGCUUCUGGUGGUCUUUUAUUGUGAAACAUCCGCAGGAAGUGUUGAGUUUCAUUGACAGAAACAGUUGGAAGUUAUUAAACAGUAUUGUUGUCAAACAGAAGUGGUGACUGCUGCGCUGAUGGAAGUAGUGCUGUGGAUUUAGCAUACGGGCCGCUGUAGUUCAGGUGAUCCUCCAUGUUUAUUAGAAAUAUAAUUGAUGGCAUUCAGUCUGAGCAACAGCCCAAAAACACAAAGAGAUGAAAGGCAG